AUGUCGGGCCUUGAUCGAACACCAAAUAUGGGCUGCACCCCAAAAGAGUCCGAUAACAGAGAUUUCUGCAUAGACCAUUCCGGGGAAAUAGCUGCCCACAUUUCCGAACUCUUCAAUAACAAGGCUUACAGUGAUAUAUCUCUGAUAGUUAAAUCGACAGAAUUUCCCGCACAUCGUGUGAUUCUUGCGUCGCGAUCGGAAUAUUUUCGUGCAUUGUUUUAUGGGGGCCUAUCUGAGGCACACUCUUCCACUGUCCAUCUAAAUGGUAUUAGUGACAUCGCCUUCUACCACAUUUUGUGUUAUAUAUACACUGGAAAGCUCAACUUAUCCGGCCUUGCCGUAAGUUUCGUCCCUGUUUUACCUCCUGUGGACCUUUCUGUCGCUUUUCUCGUUUGAGCAAAUUAUUGUGAUCUAGCAUUAUUGAGCACAUUUUCACGUAGUUUGCCAUGAGUUUCUUUACUUUUGAACUAGAGAUUAUCGCCAAAGCACCCUUUUCGGUUAUAUUUCAGUUUUUAUUGUUUUUCAUUUUGAUCUCUUAACUGUCUUUGGUGCGGCGGCGAUCAGGCCUAUCCUGGUUGACUUAUGAUGUUUUGGAUUGAACUUCCCCACACUAUGAUCUGCGACGGCCGACCCAUAAACUAUCCUCAUUUUAAAUGACUGUGCCUAACCGGGUUAUGAGCCGACCAUUUCAUUGCCUCUAGUCAGACGGCGACGUCAAAUGAAGGACAACAGCACCGGGCCCAUGGGAUGGACUGCAAAGAACGUGCAUUAAUCAAUUUAAUUCUCCUUAUUGGCUGGCUUGAAGUGUCCUCCUGUUUUAUAAUCGAGUGCCGACAAAGCCAUUGUACUUCGCCCGUAGGGCCUUUCUCGAGUAAUGAUGAUCACUCCCCUUCUCGUUCCUCUUUCAUGUGGACAGCCCAGAAUUCACAGGAGGCUUGACCAGACGAAUGCUUGACAGCGGCGUGGGGUCCAACCACACUUAAGGCUUGCAUGAUCGUCGAGAUUAGCGUCGCUUCGUGCGACAAACGUGUUUUAGCUCGACCCAUUUGGUAACAACGUCUCCCAGUGUGUCUGAUAUCAACUAAUUUUUGGCGAAACGACUCAAAAACAACAUGCCUCUCGCGCUUUAGAUGAAGCAAGGGAUUGAUUAAGCCACUUAGUUCAAGCAAGAUGCAAGGGGACGUUAUGGAAUAGACAUCUGUUUGACUUCUUGGGAAAGAGAUUGUAUAAUUUACCCCCUAUAGAGUCAUGCAGUCUAGUCGCACCGCGACAUCUUUAUCUGGUUCUAACCACCCCAUAUCUGGUUACUUGCUUGUUGGGGAACUAGUAAAAACUCUUAUUGCCACUUAUCUUUGUAAGUUACUGUCCAACAGUCCAGCCUCAGAUACGCCUGGUGAGCUAACUUAAUGUUUUUUAGGAACAAAAAAACAGAAUCUUAGUAUGUAAAAUGUGUGUUUGGAGAUUACUGAGGCAGUCAGUCAUAUUAAAAAGACAGAAGUCGUUGCAAUAGGAAGACAUUUUUUAAAAGUAUAUAGGGUGGACGAAAUCGCAUGGGUUUUUUGGCGAAUUUGGAUAAUUUAUUAGACCUUUUUGAGAAAACCUUGGUGGCUUUGAUGGAAUCCUGACCCUAGACAGCGAGGAAAGGGCUUGAGAGCAGCCAAUGUUCUAACCACACGAGCCACCACCGGGAGUUCAAUCACAUUUCCAUUAGGUUUCCCGCCAAGCCUACUGCGACGUAUGAAAUCCACCAAUUCCAAUUCAGUAACCUGACUGCUCAGGCGGGAUUUUAUAAGCAGUCAGUAGAAUCCAUUAGAUGACUACCAGGCCCACUCAAUUAUUAGAUGUUUUCGGUAGAUUUAAUAGUUUAUUUGAGUAAAUUGCAUGUUUAAAACGUAGCCUAUUAAAACAGGCACCAGCUGUCGCGUGUUUGUUCCAGUCCCUUCCUGGUUGUUUUUCAUGUUUCUUUCAUUGUUAAGUCAAUACGCACGCUCUUCCCUUUUAGCCAUAAUUUUCGCAGGCUCUUAAACAAACUCUCAAUUUGUUUUCGCCCGCAUGUUCAGACCGGGCUGACAACAGUAAUUACGCAUUCAGCUGUUAACUAGAAUCGCGGAAGUAGUUUUCAUUUCCACUUUUGCUGUUCUCACCUUGGGUGUCACUCGGUAAACGCAGUCAUGUACCCUUUCUCGGUCGAGUCACCUAUUACAUCCAUAGGGAUUGGGGUCGUAGAAUUUUAGAUAAAUCACGUCUUUUGAAGGAACUAAAACCAGCUGACUUACAGAGUCACAGAAUCCUUUGUUCGAUCUGUGGGCUUCCUGAGCAUUUUGGAGUCUUUAUAAAACCGACAGCUUUGGAUCAGACUUACUGUCACUUAGCGAUCAUAACACCUGUAUGGCUGCAUGUAGCCCCGUUAAGCUCCCGUUAUACCCUCAAUGCAUGAACCCAUUUGGGUCUUAACGGGACAGACAUUCGGACUGCGUUCGAGGGUUAGAUUGAUAUAUUUCUCGUUCGUGACCACAAAGUUCUUAGACGUAUUAUUUUCAUAAGGCCUACAGCGGACUAGUUAGUGUGUAAUGUGCUCGUAACAGCACUAUUUUUCUCACCAGGAUAGUUUAUCUCCCUGGAUGCUGUUGACUGUACUAGACGUUGGGUUGGUUUCGAUCGCUUUUAAGGGUUGAGAGAACACAGAAAGGAAAAAUGCAAACUCGUGAGCUGAGUAGCUUGUAAAUCAUUUUGAAUGACCACAGGAUUGCAAUAAGUCCCUAUAACUUACACAAGCACGCGUUAUGACAGUUCAGCCAAGAGCUACUCAGCCGACCCGUUCCGGCCACUCAUACAUUAAGUGAACGACUGACGGGGAAGUUGCAUUUAACCACAUUCAGUUCUGAAAGCUGGCUCUACGCCAGCCCCUUAUUUGCAUUUCGAAAUAACUACUUGAGAUGACAGCUGGGUCCGACACAGUCGAACAUUUCUUAGUUUUCAUCAUUGGUUUUGUCUUGCGACCUAAAGUGUAAAUAAGUUCUGUCUGCCAUUUAAACACUAGCAGACCCGCUGAUGAUGAUACUAGCAUCGAAACGACUUCCUGUAGAUUUAAAGUCAGUUUGACUUCCUUGUAAUGUCAGGCGUUCUUUCUUUUCAGCAUGAAGAUGUUCUGGACAUUUUGGGGUUGGCAUGCCAGUACAAUUUUGUGAACCUUCAAGCUGCCCUCUCCAAGCACUUUACGCAUUCACUCACCUUGAGCAACAUAUGUUCCGUUUAUGAUGCAGCCAUUGUUUACGACUUGGAAGAAUUAGUUCUUGCUUGUUUGGAAUUUGUGGACCGGUUUGCUCCUACUGUUCUCUCGAUGCCUCAAUUCGAGCGUCUAUCAAAGGUAAGAGCGAAUUAUCCGGUUAUUCCACCUCCAACAGUCAAUUUCCCACUUGAGAUUUAGAUUUUUCUUCAUUCCUUUAUUUCAUUCCCUUAAUUUUAACUCCCAUCUUCGGUAAUCUGGUUGACCUAUUAACUACUGUUUUCGUCACCUGGUAAUAUUUGCUGUUGAUUUACAAAGUUGGACGUUUGUUGGAACAGUUGUAAAGUCUCUUCCAGCCGAUUUACGGGCUUCUUCUGCUUUAACAUCCUCAAACGAGAUGCUCUCGUCUAUCACGUGUUGAUCCCAAACACGGGUCUGCCGAAUACUAGACCAAUGCACUUUAGUAAAGGCACACCUCUGAAAUUAUAGGCAAAAAGCGUCUGUUACGUGCUGAACUCCAAGUGCUGCUGCCGCUGUUCCAUCUCCUCCUUUCCGUUUGUCCCCGUAGUCAGCUUCAAUGAUAAUGUUGCAGACCCCACCAAGCGUCUAUAAGAGCCUUGUCUCACAGUCCCAACAGGUCAAUCGUCCAUAUUAAACGUUGCCUCUUGUUGUGAGUCGCAACAAACGCCACGUGAAUAAAUUCAUACAGGUGGCAGAUGUGGCUGCGUUAGCAUCUACACUUGAACGUCGUCUCACAGCACAUGUUUUCUCGCCUUACGAGUUGGCCAUUUCCCACUACCAGCCCUAAUGAAAGCAUAAGUUGCAUGAUAUACCAUACUUCACAGGUAUUCAUAUCAAAUUUCAGUCUGAGUCUCUAAGUCCCUAUCGUAAAAACACCAGGUAAACAAAAAAAGGAACUGGAGGGCACUUUUGGUCAUUAGUUGUCCCCGGCACUUCUAACACCACUUACAUAUCCUAUUAUUACUCUGGAGCCGAAAAGCUGCGCCCCUCGGUAUUCACACUUCAGUACACUUACUAUCCUGAUCGCCGAUGUUAAGGAAGCUUCGCGUCAUCAUUAUGUUUGCGAUAACUUUACCGGCGACAAAGUAAACUGUCUCGUAUUUUCCAAACAGUCGUACAUGCUGUAGAUUUCCAACUUACCCUUACUACCACAAGGCCGGGUAUUUCGGCUAUUGACACAUCGGCUACUUAAUUUACCUCCUAUUUGCACAGACACACUGCACCUGAGAAAAAGGGAAACUUACAGAUGAAUACCACUGUCGUGUCCACUCAGCGUUUGGAACGACAGCAAUUCCACCAUUCUCCUUCAUGACUUACUUGCAUGGGUGAUGAGCCUCAUUUAGCGGUUUUCCUUCCCGUUGGCGUCGUUGGUUGAUACGGGGAGUGUCUGGCUGUGUCUUUAUUGUUUCAUGCCAGUCAGGUUGCCGGCAAAAAGUCUCUCAGAGCGACGACCCAUGGUGCGUGAACUCGAAAAAUCGAGUUUGCCCAAACGCGGACCACCUAGGUGUUUGACAUGCGUUGACACAUGCCACUCCAGCCAUCGCAAUCGGUUUCGCCUCCAUCCAGUCUUGACUUUCACCUGCCACUGGCAUAUGAUGAAACAGGAAGGAGAGUUUAAGGCUGAUCCAGUUCACUUUCCUUUUGACUUUAAAAGACAUUGGACCAUACCACACCAGGAGUCAGUGAUCGCGUGACUUAAAAUUGGUGGAAAGACGGAAUGUCAGGUCGCAGGGGUUCCUUCUCACCGUGUUCUUUAUGAUGUUAUCCGUGAUACGUACUACCCGGUAGACACGCCAUCGAAAACGCGUUGCAAACAAAAUGUUCAGUUCCUCUGCAAUGGUCAACUAUUCAAGCAGAUAGACGGCGUAGUGAUGGGCUCACCGCUUUGUCCGUUCCCCAUAAAUUUUUUUACGAGUCACAAGGUUACAAGACACUAUUAAGUGACCUUGAUUUCUUCUGUCGAUAUUUGGACGAUAUUUUUUACCUGACGACACUGACGCCCUGGUUCAGAGGUUUAGCAAUGCACACCCCUCAAUAAAUUUAUCUGCAGAGUUUGAGGCAGACAAAGAUAUUUGGUCCAGGGAUUAGCAUCUGGAGUGCGGUGUAUCUGCUUUCCUGAGACUCGAAGCAGAACGCCAGCGGCUGCUUAACAUACUCACCGAAAACUGAUAACCUGAGAGAUUUAUUCUCCGAAAUAUUUUGGAACGCACCACAAAGCCUACCAUGACUUGUUUAUUGGACUCUCCUUUCAAACGAAUGGAGCAAGGAGCCAAGUAAGACGAAUUCUGAAGACAGCGAUCAUUAAUGCUUUCCACGUUACGAAUUCACGCGUAGUUUUCGCAAACUCCUCUCCCACGCCUGGGAGGUAAAGACCAAAUCCGUGUGUAUUCGCUCAUUCGUUGUCUUCUGUGGAGUGGAAUACCUUGGCCGUACAACGAGAUGCCUGGAAAAGAGACCACGUGAACACAUAUCUACCUGGCUAGCCAAAGGUGGAAACAGAUCGAUUUCGAGUUCUAAUCUCGUACAUUUUGUCGAUACGAAUCACCAAGUCCAUGCCGAAGAAGCCUUUUAAGUUGUCUACUGGACACCAGCAAACUUCUCUAGAGGCCUACGCCGCGGCAGUGACUAUGCGGCUAGGGAAUCCAGUGCUAUGCUGUCCAAAGACGAUACAGGCACCCCGUCUUCCGUAGCUAACGCCGACCCCAGAUGGUUAUUACUCGGCGUCCCAGCCUCCUGAUGACAGUGAUGUGUACUCCACGUACUCAACCUACAAACACUACUCACAGUCUAUGGGACUCCCCUUUGCCCCAAUGAUCACAACACGUUGACCUUGUCAUGUGGGUGGUGUUGAAACGAUGAGUGUUUAUAACCGCCUGAAACACUUAUCAACCCUGUCAGCUUCGUAUAUUUUCACUUUGUCGCACCAGUUACUGCGUCUUGGUGUGUUUUAACCUGUAGUGGUUAUGCGGUGAGAGUGGGAGAUAUGAGCACUACCAUAAUCAGGGCAAAUCCUAGUGUUGUAGGGAGAAGACGGAAGGCACCAUUAUGUGAGGGGUUUAUUGCGCACAGAACCCGAAGUUGUCCUCUCAGGCGGCAGUGGCCACUGGCGAGGCCAGGGCUGGCGUUGACUGCGUCCAGUCACGCCCGAGAGUUCCUGAAACAGAGGUGGCAACCGCUUUUGUAGGUUCGUGGGCCAAGCUCAAGUGGUGUCCAGUCAGUGGGUGUUGCAUUUGCCGAGGGGGUGGUGUCCCAGUGGCUUAGGUUGUGGUUGCACUGGGAACGGUACGUUCAAGUGGCCGCAUAGGCAGCUGCGACCGUACGGACGCAGGUAUGCCCGAGCUGUUCGUCGUGCGACUUCAGGUCAGCGCGUGUGGAACGACUCACUGCAAAAGGGUGGAUGACCUUGAGGCAGCGAGGUCUUGAACAAUGACUCCAGACCGGUCAUGAUGGCUGCCCGCUACAAACCCUCCACCACAGUGCAAACCAACUCAAAGGCGAGUUACUACUCCGGCCCCAGAAAAUUGGCGAUCUUUAUCGAUCUCAGCGGACGAACUGCUGUACGAUCCGACCGAAUUCGCUCCUGAGUUUGGAACGGAAUCCUAGCGGGGAGUUGAGGAGGGUCCGUUAUAGAAGUCAUGCAGUUAAAUAUGAGCAAGUCCGCCAACCAAGAGUAUUUUACUUUUUUUUUAUUUUCUCCCUCAGGCAGCUGUAAUUCGUGUUAUAACGAGGGACAGCCUUUACGCUCCAGAGUUUGAGAUUCUGCGCGGCGUUCAGAGGUGGCUAGAUGCCACCUACCAAGCCUGCAUCGAGGAGGCUCUGCAGGAGCUUCAAAAUACUCAGUGCAAAAAGCCGCAGCCCGCAACCCGCUGAUGACAGUGAUGUGUACUCGACUUUCAAACACCACUCACAGUUGGAAGAGAAUAUCCGCAUCCCAGGUUCUUGUUUAAGAGAAGACGAAGGCUUUCAGCCACUACAAACUUGCGUUUUGGCGCCGAUACGUGGACGAUACAUUCGUCAUCAUUGAAAAGGUUAGGCUAUCGGGUUUUCAAGACUUGCUUAACAGCAUCUUCUCCGACAUUCAGUUUACAAAAGAAGACGAGGAGGCCGAUAAAAUACCUUUGCUUGACGUGCUCGUCACGCGCACACCUGACGGUAAACUCAGCACUACAGUGUACAGAAAGGCGACCAAUACAACCCAGGUCCUCAACUGUCAUAGCAACCACCCAUUUGUGCACAAACGGGGCUGUGUGAGAGCGCUUUUCGACCGGGUAAAAAAGCACUGUAGCGAGCCCAAAAGAAGGAUGCAAGAGCUACGGCAUCUCAGAGACUAAUUAACAAAGAACGGCUACCCAAAUAGUUUCAUCAGCCGCUGCAUAUGCACCCACCCACGACGGACAAAAGGACGAGAAACACCGACAAUUUGGCACUCCCUACCGUACAUAAAGAAUGUGUCCGAGGCUACAGAAAGCAUUGCGCCAGAGUUCGCCGCGAGCAUCGCUCAUCAUCCAGCGGCUACCAUGCGUAGCAGGAUCAUGAAAAUGAAGGAUCGACUAGACGCAGGUGAGCAGUCGGGCGUAGUCUAUCAAAUCCCGUGCCAUAACUAUCCUUGCCACUACACAGGCCAAACAGGACGACGUCUCAGCUCACGAGUACUUGAGCACAAAUGGGCCGUUCGGAGAGGCGACCCACUGUCUCAGUCGCCGCUCACACGCUGGAGGAAGGUCAUGAGUUCGACUUUGCCAAUACGCGGAUAUUGGCGCGAGCCGGCAACAAGACGGGGCGAGAACUGUUGAAGGCGUGGAUGUCGGACACCAAUUCCAUCAAUAGACACAUUGAUUUGCCUGCUUGUUAUCACGCACUCCGCCCACGCAGCCAGGUGGCACAGCUCACAUCGCCGCGAAGUACAAACGGCGUCACCACGCCGGGGGACUAUUGUGGACCAGGCGGCACAAACCAGACCUAGCCAUGGACGUAGUCCCCCCGCACGGAACAACGAUAUAAAUGUUCACACGUUGUUGCACUCUAGCAGUCUCUGAUGAUGAAUUCCAGUUCGAGUUCGAAAGCCCAGGCCAAUAAAUCUACCGUCCCAGUGGUCGUGCCUUCGCCUCCUUUGCCCACUUACAAUCUGUGGGACUCCCUUUUGCCCCAACACGUCGAGCUUGUCAUGUGGGUGGUGUUGGAACGAUGAGUGUUAAUAACCUCCUGAAACACAUAUAAACCCUGUCAGCAUCUCAUAUUUUCACUUUGUCACACCAGUUACUGCGUCCACAGUGCAAACCAACUCAAAGGCGAGUUACUACUCCGGCCCCAGAAAAUUGGCGAUCUUUAUCGAUCUCAGCGGACGAACUGCUGUACGAUCCGACCGAAUUUGCUCCUGAGUUUGGAAUCGAAUCCUAGUGGGGAGUUGAGGAGGGUCCGUUGUAGAAGUCACGCAGUUAAAUAUGAGCAAGUCCGCCAACCGAGAGUAUUUUACUUUUUUUUAAUUUUCUCCCUCAGGCAUCUGUAAUUCGUGUUAUAACGAGGGACAGCUUUUACGCUCCAGAGUUUGAGAUCCUGCGCGGCGUUCAGAGGUGGCUAGAUGCCACUUACCAAGCCUGCAUCGAGGAGGCUCUGCAGGAGCUUCAAAAUACUCAGUGCAAAAAACCGCAGCCGGCACUUGCAUCGUCCGAGGAGACUGCCCCCAAGCUGGAUGCAUCACCUGCCUCCACCUCUUCGGAAUCCCUUUUUGGCGGCUCCACAGGCGCUGGCGGUGGCCGUAAGUCUUAGUUUGCCCCCCCCUCAUCCUGAGUGCUUGUUUUCUCCUCCCUCUUUGUCCCCUCUUCUCCCUUUUACGAACUUGUUACUCCACUUAUCAUCGGCUCCAGUAGCAUGUUGAUAAUACCGGCAGUUAUCUUUCCUGCAAUUAUCAGGAGCCGAGGCAGCGGAUUCGUAUGAUAAGAGCAGAGCUCCAGUCUCUGCAUGAAAAUUGUCUCGAAUUACCGCCGCCCCGUGGUUCACAUCGUUCCUCUCUGCCACGGCUGCUGAAUUCCCCCCCCCCCUUCCCCCCAGUCGAGUGCCUCAGUUGGGGCAUCAAUCGUACUAGAUAAAAGUCCCGAAACAAGUGGAUGAUUCAAAUUUGUCUUUCUUAAUUUCUUAUGACGUUUUAGGUUUCGUCUUAUUGUUUGUGUCUCCUGCCAUCUUUACCUCAUCUCCUCUGCUAGAUUUUAAGACCAGCUCACUGGACGGUGGGGCUGCCUCCUUGCCGGCGGGAACCCUCAAGCGUAUCAAGCGCGAAGCCGAGGAACGCCGCAAUGAACUUAUAAAAUGCAUUCGAUUUGAGCUCAUGUCGCUCUCAGAGUUAUCAACUGAAGUUAGGGCCUCCAAACUUCUCUCUGCAGAUGCACUUCUCGACGCUAUUAGCUCCAAGACAUUGAAAACUUCGGACCAAUUAAACCUCCGUGGGCGUCUUCGUGAGUUUUGAUUCUAAUAAACCGUCCUACUUGAGAAAUAUAGUAGGUGUUUCUGAUACGUUUUAAUUAUCUCCACUCGUGUAGUACCGGAAGUCAACCUGGCUGUGCCGAGGCUGGGCUGCUCCCUUGUCGCCGGCAAUCGGGGGAACUAUCCUUUCUUCUUCUUGGACACCACACCAACCAACGAACUGUCCGGUCUACAAGUGCCAGAGGUUGAUCUAUCGACAGCGGGCGGUACACGGCCGGUGCAGCGCGGCUUCGCGGAUCCAAGCCAGUCUCACCGCGCCGCUGGACAGAGAUUCCCACGUCUCUCUUCAACACCUCAGCCUAGCACUAGCCAUCAUCCACGAGCCGAUGGACUUAUUCCCGACGACAUUUCUCCACCCCAGCCCGAUCCACAAAGCGCCGUAAAUGGCUCUACAUGUAAGCCAACAUCUGUCUUUGCUGAAACACUACUAGCUAGUUCACAGUGCAUACCUCAUGACAAUCCAUCACUUUCCUUGGACAAACCGCUUUUUGGAUAAAAGUGACCAGGAGGUUUUUAGAAAAGUGGGGAAUCUUCUAUUUUGAAACGCAGUUUAUUCGUUUGUCCAGGUGAAAGAACCAAAGGGGGGGUAAAAAAAAGUUUGCGCACUGCACAUCCAUCUUUGUCAUCUCUCUCCCUCUCUCUAUCUCCGACCAAACGACCCCUUUAACAAUAAACAAAGGGUUGACUCUCUCUCUGUAAUUAAGAGAUGCAUGCACCAGUCGGUCUGGAUAACCAAUUUUUGGAAAACGUCGUACACAAAAUCUGACACAAUCUCGUUAGCAGCAGAAGGUUUUGCAUCGAUGCAUUCAGACAAAGCUAUUAUGCACACGUAAGGAGCGACCUGGCAGUCUCUAUGCUCUCCGCCUGUGGGCUAAAAGAUGGGCUCGCCCAUAAGUGCCAAUGUCAACCCAUGAUGGAAGAAUAGGCUAGACAACGCUUGAUUGUUACGCAUGCUACGCCUCAUUAAACUUCACAGCGAGAUUGUUGCGGUAACUGAGACCCCCAUAACCACGUUGAUUGGCGCGCGAGCGCAGCCGAAAGUGGCUGGCGUUCGCCUUCGACACAGAAGGAUUUGUGUGUAGUUGGAUUCACUCAUUGGAAAAUAACAGGGCUUGUUGUGGCAUAAACAGACGACAUCUCUAUCGCACUUUGACCACUCCGUACAAGUCGUCCGGACCUUGUAUUGCCACGGGUAUGUGGGAGGGAGGAGAGUUAAACCGAUCCUGGGCAGUUCUUCACCACUACCAUCCGAUCGAACACAUGUUUUCGGUAAUUCAUCAUCUGGCCAACACAAGUAGAUGGCGAAUGAGCUUGUGAGUUAUGGACUGGAUUUAAAUAUGCCUCAGGGGGCAGGGUUAGUUAAACUCCUUGCUCUCACGCCGCCUGCAUGACGGAGCCAGUGUGUUAAGGACGGCGGAGCAGGGGUGGGGAGAAGGGGAGGGGUUCGGGUUGGGUUGUGAACGCUUUCUGUAGGUCAAACAAGCGGAGUGCCUGUGACUGUUCUCAGGGCGUUGGGACGACGUGCAAUCACCAUUUGGAGUCGGCCACGGAAGACUGCCUGCGUCAACGUCUUCUGACAGCAGAGCGCCGGAUUUGCUAAUCGAAUAGCCACCGGCUCAGCUGUGGCUAGCACCCGUUUGCGUAGGCCUUUAGAGUGGUGUGUUGGAGCCCAUUGCCAAUCCCCUCGGUGAAGUUGCGGCCAUUAUCGUGUUUGACGAACGAGCUGCCACCCUCUAUGGUGCAGAAGUACAUGACUUAAUCAGUCUGGGCGCAACUUACUCUUCAGACUGACAGAAAUCUGAACUUUAUUUGAUUGUAGCCUGUAAGUUCUGAAUUGUGAAGCAUAAUUUUGUGCUUCAGAAUCCCCAUGUGCUUACUCCUAUUCCAUCCGACUCUUCCACAUCUGCACACCCACAGCCUGGAGCAAACCCAUUAUGCCAAGUUUCACAGCACGUCCAUUCCACCGAAGUGGCCUGUUGGAUAACGAUGCGACUCAGCUGAACACCUGGGUUCGUCACCAGCAGCAACAAGCCUCCGGACCGCAGCCGCUUCAGACAGUAGUCAAUCAAGCUGACAGUUUUGGCAGUCCCACGGUCGACCUCCGUGACGGUCCCUAUCAACAGCAUGCAGCAACAACGGCGUCGCCUAAGGCGACUCCCCUCUCCGGCCUGCCUACCUCAUCAACCCCGGACCGGCGCGGACCCCCCGCUGCUGCAACCCCUCCCCUACGAUCCCGCGUCGCCUCAACGGCCUCCAUGGACUCCUUCUUUUCAACCACUGCAGCUGCCUCGGGUACCCACGGUGAGCAUCCCACGCCUCCAGGCGGCGGGCUGACACCAGAUCCGGCGGUCAGAGGCAGGGCUCCGCAUGCUCACGGCCGCGCUGGCAGUGGCUGCGUGCGCACUCCCAAUGUGCCGCCUCCUGAGUCAGAAUUCUCAGUGGUCUCGCAUCCCAUUGGAGUGUGUGGCGGCGAGAUUGUUGUAGAUCUGGGCCACAACAGUUUCGUCAAUAUGAUAUCUAUGCAGCUGUGGGACAGAGAACCAAGGUGAGUAUAACUUUUACCGACUUACCCACUCACUCAAUUUGCUUCUUAAUUAUUAUUCUUAGCUAGAGACCCUGUCUGAUUCAUCCACAUCCGUUGCUCCUCCAGCGUCUAUCAGAAUCGUGGGAAUUUUCUGACUGAAGUAGACAUUUUGGUCAAGUAUGCAUUCUGUAGGGCUCCAAGGUUAGAAAAGUACAAAUUAGGUGGGGAAAGGAAUCAACUUCAAAAUUUUUGGGUGAAAAAGCCCUGCAUAUGCGUUUACUGCACAUCUUUUUCCGUGGGUCGUCCCGGCGUUGGCAGAAACCCGCUUAAAUCUCUCGCGUGGGGCACAUACUACUUCAUAAUCGCGUCCCGACGGGAUCUCUACUUGGUCCAGCAAAGAAAUUCUUUGAUACAAAUCAUCUCAUUCUUUGAAAAGAUGCUGUGAGGGGACUGACGAUUCUUCUAUAUCACUACUGUCAUCAGUGUCAUAAGAGGAAAAGCUACGACUCCCUCAGUAACGAUCGGUAUCCCACGGAGCGACUGGAUUAUGUCCCGCGAAAUUUUCACUGAGAACAAUUUUGCAACCUCCUUGAUGCAUAUUCCUUGAAGACUUGGCACCCAAAACUAAAUGUCCCUGCACAGCCGAAACACAAGUGCGCAUUCUUUGCCCAAUCCUUCCAAAGAUAUCUGAAAUAACUACAGGCGCACGCUACAGGCAUAGCGCUUCCUCAACACCUCUCAUCAUUAAUAAGGUACAGUAGGUGGGCUAACCCAUUAAAUGUCAACCGAAAUCCCGAAAUGCGUUUUCGUUUCGAAAGGAGUAAUUAAGUAGGGUUGUAAAACUGACCAUCAUGCAGCGUAAUUCUACAAUAAUUCAAUUACCUCAGGAUGUCGGCUUUUGAGCGAACUUCUCUCUGGCUGCAUGCAAAAAUCACACUCUGUAAAAGAUGACUGCUUAAGAGGCAGGCAUUUUUCUCAUUGAUAUUCGAUACCCUUAAACAUGAAAAACAUGCAUAAGAAAUUCAUUAUUUUGCUCAUUCGGUAGAAACUGACGUCUUCUUCCAAUUUGAUACUCGAAGGAAGGGUAUAAUUCGGUUUUACAAAACUUUUCUAAUUUCCGAAUAAUUUUGAACCCCGACCUGCCGUUACACUUGGAAUGAGGGUUUCCAAACUAAAAGCCGUAUAUUUUUAACGUACGGAAAACCAUAUAUUUCUCUACGGCAUUAAGAGGAGACCAUAGGAGGUUCAUAAAAUUUAGCAGUGGACUUGAGCCAUGUUGUUAACUUUACGAGCCACAUUGGUAAAUGCAGAGACACCACGUUUUAUGAACGGUCAUUUCACGUUGUGAAAAAAUCUCACAAUUAGAAACUUUUUUAAAAGCCUAAUUAUACCCUUCGUUUGAGUAUAAAAUUGGAAGAGGACGUAAUUUUCUACCGAAUGAACAGAAAAAUGAAUAUUUUUAUGCAUGUUUUCCAUGAAAUAUGAUUGAAUUUUUAAGGGCAUCGAAAAUCAAUGGGAAAAACGAGUGCUGUUUAAGUAGUUAUCUUUUACAGAGUGUGGUUUUUGCAUGCAGCCGGAAAGAAGUUCUCUCGAAAGCCGGCAUCCUGAGGCAACUAAAUUAUCAUAAAAUUAUGCUGCACGAUGAUUGGUUUUACAGCCCUACUUGAUUAAUCUUUUCGAAACGAAAAUGCUUUUCGAAAUUCCAGUUGACAUUUCAUGCUUUGAAUAAGGCAAAGGCGACAAAGCAUGCAGUAUUUACUGACUCAUAAAUUUCGAGACCUCUCAUUCAGCUGCACACGGUCAUUGCACAAUUAUAUGAAAAGGCAAACUGUUCAAUUAGAAAUCGACCUAGAGAGAUAAAACGUGAUAGGUAACCUGAAACAUGGGUCUAGUAUGCAGGUGCGCAUGGCGAGGGGGGGAGGGGGAGAGAAGUCAUCUAAGCAAGCGAGUUAGGAUUAAAGUGAGAACCUAUCAGGCGUGGUUGAAAGUGCGACGCGCGGGCAGCAUUCAGUCAUGCCGGGGAGGGGUUGGGGGCGAAAUGAGAGGGCGUAUCUGGAAGCAGGGUUUCGUCUAUUAUCGAUCCUUACCAUGGUAGUGCCAGGUUUGUCACGUGGUCCAGCUGCUUACAGAGUUAUGGUUUCCUCCUGCGUAUUGCAGCGGACUCUGCGAAGCGCAAGAGACGCCCGGUCGCCGCCCGAAACAGGACCUUGAAUGCAACUAUUGGUCCACCGUAUGGCCCGUGUCCACUAGGUGCUCUGUAAUUGAGCUCCUGGAUGCCUUAUUUUCCGCCUUAAGCAGCCACUUCGGCAUGUGUUCAGCUGACCGAGCUGCCAACUGCCUUUGCGUGAGCCCAAUGUACUUGCAUCCGCAACUACACGUAAACUCAUAAAUACAGUUUAAUGUGACGUGCAUAGGCAAAAUGUCUUUAGGUGGUCUAACUGGGAUGGCCGUUGUAGUAUAUUGCUUUACCGACCCCUUGAAAAUGCUUAUGAAUUUAUCCCAAACUUUCUGAUGCUUUGUGUGUAAAGUUAAAACCGAAAGCCGGCCACCAGCACAGCCGUCCGGCAUUUCAGUUAUCCAGAGAAAUCCAUUAUGACAGAUGCACGCUCACCGAUCAGGUUACGGAACAUGCUCGUUCCGUUGUGUCUUGGGGCCCAUACUAGAACCUUUGCAGGCAGUCGCACAGUGACUAGUAGUAGAAGUAAAUGAGAUGAUACCGAAAAAUACAAGGGAGACCGGAAUGGCCAUUUCUGGCUUGUUAGCCGUCAUCAGCCGGUCAUGGCCAACCCCAAGUGUGGGUCGCUUCAGAUUCAAACCCGAGAUCUUUGGUCAUGGAGUUUGACACUCCACCAUUGGGCCACGGGCCCGUUGUCCUGUCGGUUGUGAUCGGGAAUAUUAAUUAUGGCAGCGGGCGCCAACCGAUCAGGUUACGGAACAUGCUCGUUCCGUUGUGCCUUGGGCCUCGUACUAAAACCCUCGCAGGCAGUCACACAGCGACUAAUAGUAUACAUAGAUACUACUGAACACUUCCUUUGGACUGUCGCACUCCUAGUCCAGACUUAAAGGGACUUUGUCAUGUCAGAUGACCUUAAAAGCGUGAGACAACCACCUUUCAGAUUUUCCUAUUACUUAACAUUAUAUCAGAUCAUUUUGUGAUAAGACCGUGUUGACACUAAAGUUUUGCUCACGCAAAGUACCUGAUCAACCAACAUAGCCUUGUCUAAACGUUAGACAGGGGAAUGUGACCUUACCGUAUUAGUGCCGAAGCUGUUGCUUUUGCCCUUUUCCACCGUCGUACCAUCCAUUCCCUGCUUUGUCGGUUGGUAAUUGCUCCAGUGUCUUUACCCUCGCCAGCACUCAAGCUGACCUAUUAACACAAACCGGGGGGAGGGCUUUUGUGGCCAAGGCAGACCACAUGAGUGAACAUGUGAUGUGCAGAACGCCUCCUUGUCUGUCUGAAACGCAGGCUACGCUCCCAGCCACCCCCUCCCCUUAAAGUUGAAAUGAAACAAUAAUCAACCCAGUUAGUCGAAGUGAUAGCCCUAAUGGUCGAAAUGGGCGACAUACAUGCCAUCCCGACGGAGCCGCUGAUUCAAUUAACCCGAGUCCCAUGUACUUCCUUGCGAAGAAGGGUUCUCAACGUCCUAGCGCAUUUAUUUAUAGCAUCUGGCCGCAGUUUGUUUCCUUCUAGUUUCAGAAAAGGCGGUGUACAGGGUUGUGUCACGGUCUGAUUGCUGAUGGCAAUCAAACGCAUGAGUAGGCAGGCCGUUUGGCAGCUGUGGGCUGCGUCCGCAAGCCACCACCGCCGCCUGGAGGGAAGCAGUGGUGUAUUGCAAUCUCACAGCCAGGGCAGAGUUGGCCCGCGAGUUGGCAGCUUUCCAAACCACAACUUUUAAAGCGCUGCAUUACCUCGGAAGUGCAUUAAAUUUAUUGUAGUGUGGGAGCGUCGCACAAGAUCGGCCUCACCCUACCUCUCCCCUCUCCCAACGUGAGCCAUUAACGCCAGUGGAUCGCGCCAACUGAAAGUGAGAAAAGUCGCGGUGGCUGACGCAGCAUAACACCCUCGUCUUUCGUGUGCCACACACGUGCCUGCCCUAGUAGUACUUCCUCGUGAGGUCAUGCAGUGAGGCUGACGGAUGCCAGUGAGCGUCAGGAAUCUCCCUCCUCCUCCUCCUCCUCCUCCUCCACCACCACCACCACCACCACCACCUAAUCCUCCUCCCCCUUCCCCGGCCCCACCAACACCACUUAUGGUCGUACACAGGACGCAGGAAAGACCUCCCAGCUCGCGUUUCUAACAGACGUACCAAAGUCCUCGGACCAACCACACCCCCAUAAUUCCUUCAGGCCAGCAGUACCACUUGUGUAGGUUUCAGCACGUUAAGAAGGAUUUUCGGCGACGAUAUGGAGAAGGACCCCACCUUACUGCCGGUAGACUGUGAGUCGUGUCACACGUGACUGGCAAUAAGGGGAGUUUUACGGAUGUGGCGGUGCACUAGACGGUAAGCUGACGAAAUGCAGGAGAACACAGAUUGUCUAGAUUUCUCCUGAAAGACUCAUCGUGCGCUUUCGCACGACAACGGAAGUGAGCGCGGUAGUUAAAAAUAAACAAAAAGUAAGUUUCAAAAAAUUAAGGAGUUUAAAUGAUGGUUUUGUUGGGAGUGCCUACACUCCCAAAAACAAGAGCCAGCCAAUCACUGAAGGCCAUGUGCGUUUUCUCUACAGCGCUGUCAUUUUAAUCAUGGCGCCUCUCCAAUGGCUUUUUCCCCGGGCCUGAUCGAUCUGCGUAUUCGAAUUAUCGACCAGCUCGUCUGGAAUGUUCUUCCCGAAGGGCACUGGGCCGAAUGCCGGCGAACCACAGUAGGGCGUUAUAAGUAUGCGUUACUUCCAAUUAAUUUUGACUUGCAAUUUUCUAAUACACUUUCCGUGGCCGGCCGUGUUUUCGUUAUCUGCUGCGUUGGUAUUGGGGACAAGGGUCGAGUGCGUAUACGCUCCACGGGAUGUCAAGUACCAGGCGGGUCAUAACAGGUUUGAAGUCACGGGAAGUGAUUGUUAUUGGCAGUGUAAUGUCUGCAAAGGCCCGCGAAUGAAUGCCAACAUAAAAGCCCCUAUGACGUGAUCCACAGGCUGCCGUCAGUAGAAUGGUGUCCUUCUCCAUACCGUUGCCGGAUUUUCCUUGACGAGACCAAUACGACACGACGCGACAGUUGGACCUUCGCGAACAUCGAUGCCCACCGUGUGCGCAGGGACCGUGGAAUAGCUACUCAAAUAGCACCGUAUCUGGCUGAUUAUUAGUGUUUCUUAGGAAGCGAACAACGUGAUACAUAUUCGUUGCAUAAUUUUACAAACUCUAUACUGUGCCUUCUUAAUAGCAAAAAGGGAUGUAGAAUUUUCCUUACAUGGAAAGACUACAGCUUGUAGUUUGGAAAACCAUAAACACAAGUGGUCAAGUUCAGAAUUGUUCACGAUUUGAAAAACUUGCCUAAAACCUAAAUCUACCCGUUCUUCUCGUACAAAGCUUGAUAAGGACUUAAUUUGCUGCUAUCUACGUAGUCACCUGUUACCGCGUGUGAUUUUUGCAGAUGACCAGAAGGCAACGCAUCCAAAAGCCGGCGUCCCGGCGCGAUUGUAAUAUCUUAGUAUUAAGCUGCUCGACAAUCGAUGUUAAAACCCCAACUCAGUAAUCUUUUCUAAUAGAAAAUGCAUUUCGGAAUUUUGGUUGGCAUUUCAUGAGAUCGGUCACUCACUGUACGUGCAUUUGCACAGAGCCAUGUUUUGCUCUCCUCCUUUUCUUUCCCUUCAUUUUCCCCUUCCCCUCCUACUCCUCCUCCUCCUCCUCCUCCUCCUCCUCCUCAUCAUCAUCAUCAUCAUCAUCAUCAUCUUCUUCUUCUUCUUCUUCUUUGGAACUGUUUACUGGAACAUGCCUUUUCGCUUCUAUCGGCAAGGCCGUUUAAGGCCUGCCUUCGUCGAAGCAUACUUUCAUUUCUGGUGGGCAUUCUUGUAUUUUUCCUCCUCUUCUUCCUCUUCCUCUUCCCCAUCCUCCUCUUCGUCUUUUUUCUCCCUCUUACUCGUCCUUUUUUAUUCUGCUGCCAUCACCACCGCCCCUUUUUGCUCCCCCUUUCCCCACAGGUCCUACUCCUACUACGUCGAAGUGGCCCUCUCCAAGGACGGCACCUGGCACCGGGUAGUGGACUACAGCAACUACGCCUGCCGUUCCUGGCAGACACUUUACUUUCCUGCGCGUGUCAUCCGUCUGAUUCGCAUCGUAGGCACCCGAAGUUCCGGCAGUCAGUACUUUCACCUCGUCACCUUCCAGUGUUUCUACACGCGGGAACAGUUCAAAGUGCACAACGACCUCCUUGUAAGCAGCAGUAGGCUUAAUUCGCCGGUUUGGUCUGAUGCGCAUGUGUGUUGGGCUGCGUAGUCCAGUUCAAUUUUUGUCUGUGUGGUCGAGCCUUUCCGUAGAUCGGUCAGAGGCGACUGUUCAUCUUGCAAUUUCUGGUGUUCUUUGUUCAAGGCUUCACAAUACUCUUGCGCUCCGUUAGUCUCACCUGGAUUCCAGAAGCUGCAAUGCAUGACGCCGACUGUCGACCAAAAGUCACCAUGGUUUUCAGCAGGGCAGGUCCAGUUUCUUCGUCGUUUUCCAGGCGUUGUGCCGAUCUUUGACGGCUGUCAGACAGAAUCCAAAUUUCAUCAGAUGUCAUCUCGAAUGGAUCUUCUCUGUUAGGUGAACGAAGCGCUACGUAGAUCCAUGCGCUACCCAGUUGUUUAGCUCGUCAAUCUUCUCGAAUCUAACUGGCCGAUCACCAGUGGUUGGAUGUUAAAUGCGUCUGUCUUGCGCUAGCCAAUGAAGGUUUUCGGGGCUUCGCUUCAGUACUUACGUUGGGUUGGUAAUCGUUAACCCCGCAUUAGUAUCCCUUCCUAAUCAAGAACACAUUUCCUGAGCUUGGUCACUGACUGUCUGUACAAGAAAUUACUCAAAUUUACUUCUUUUGCAUUCGUCUUGCGACGAUCUAAACUGGUCGUGACCAGGCGGUUGGAUCAGAUUAUUUGAUAGUAAAAUACAUCGAUAAAUGCGCCUGGAACUUGUGCAUAACAUCAAAUUGGUGAAAUUACUGCUCUUUCCCGCCGACGUAUGGACAUUUCCAACAACAACAGAAACACAUACAACUUUUCAGGUAUUAGUCGAUUACUGAAAGUCCUAGUUCGUGCUGAUUCCGCUCCCCAUAGCGCCCUCCACGCUGAUCCGAACUCGGUCACAACGCUGAGAAAGUAGGUACAUGGCGCGGCGUCACAUGCCAUCUUCCGAUAAAUUUUCCAACUGAUCGCAAAACAGCUGAAAAACAGCAGCAGACUUCUGGCUGGAAAGGCAAGGUGGUUUUCCUCCUGCUCCCACUUUCCCACCCCUUCACUGAUUGCACGCCCUCUUCGUCCUGCGCAUCGAAGUGAUUUAUCGCCUCCCCCGAGGUCGUUUUGCGCGCGUUUCUGCCGUUUGGACAGAAAUGGAGAAAUAGGGAGGCAGAAAUUCGUGCUAAAGUUCCUCCGACUGUCAACUACAGCCGACGUCUAAUCCGCUCAGCCCGUCGCCCGGCCUUGAGCACCUGCGUCCGCAGUUUCCGGUUGAUAGAAUUUGCCAACCGGACAGCGAUUCUCGGUAUCUGGGAAAAAAUCAGUGUCACUCCAAGCUACCGAGGGUGAUGGAGAACGUGGAAGUCACGGCCCACUCGAAGUCUGCACUCCUCGGACGUCGCCUGUUAUCCACGUUUUGGCAGUCUUCGAACCAUGACCCCUUUCAGUAGAUGACGUGAUAAUGAGAGCAGGGAAAGGUAAGUUCGUCCGUCACAAAACAACGACGACAGAGCUGACAGUUGCCUGUAUCCGGUGAUAGUACUGGGGACAUCUGAUGCAUCUAUCCGUAAAUCUCUCUUCUCACGUCCAUCUAACGUCAAGAGCCCUAAUAUCAAAAUGAGCUCCGAACGAGCUCGCGCAGAACUCGUUUUGCGAGUUACGCGAGCUCUGUUGGAGCUCUGAUGUGGUUAUUGAUCCGAGAUCGCUAAAACGAGCCCGAAACGAGCUCCGAAAAACGGGCUUGUAUGCUCGUUCCGAGCUUGACCCGAGCUCCAAAAAGCGACCUCCAGCGCUUACCCAACCAGGGGUCCCCCUCGCCUUUAAUUCUCCCAACUUUGCCCAUUAAAGUAAUCAAAAGAACAAAUGUCAAGAUAAAGAAUACUGUAUUGGUUAUAAAGUACGUGGCAUCUAAUGGAGCACAAAGGCAAACACGGGUAAGGUAGACAAUAACAGCGUUGAGGCAGGCAUGGCGUGCGCACUGCAGCGUGAGAAGGCAAAAAGUGGCACCGGGGAGAGCUUAGGGACUAUCGGGCCCCGGAGCUGAUCGAUAAUCAAUUGCGAGUAUGCGCGGCCGCUUGCGGCCUUCGCGACACGGGCACAGCCGACCCAAGAACCAAUCAAAUCGCGAGUUGGCUAAAGACCCACUACCCCCCUAGAGUACGCGGGCUCGCGGCCAGCUCGCUUGCUAUUAGGGAGGAGUACUCCUGGAGACAGCGACUGGCGUGACUGAAGCCACGUCUACGCGCCCCACAUGCGUGCUGGGCCUAGACUCUAUGCGAUGUAGUCAAGGGGCCACAAGCGUCCCGCGAUAUUUUUGUGACCAUCGCGCUUCUCUCACCCAGGGAAGGGAGGAGGGUGCGUGCGGCUCUGCUUUGAACGGGCGGUUUACUAUACUUACGUGGGCAAUCGAGCAAUCCCUGUUAUUUGCGUUUUCGACCAUUUACGGCCCCUCCUGCCAUCUUUUCGCAUCCUAAAGCAGUGGGCGCGGCAAAUUCACUAUCUAUGCCAUUUCUCCUCUCUAUCUCCUGCUUAGAUUCCCCGAAAUAAUGUGGCAACAGUUCAGCUGGGCGCCACCGUCCUCGAGGGUGUCAGUCGUCUCCGCAAUUCUCUCAUCGAUGGGGACGUUCUGGUCUACAACCUCAACUACGGCUUCACUUGUCACCAGCUGGGCAACGGUUGCAUCGCAGUUCAACUCUCACAGCCCUUCCUCGUCUCCUCGAUGCGGUUAGUGCGCGAAUUCUCGGCACUCUUUUUUUCACCAUCCCCCCUCCCCUUCCCCCAUUUUGAGUAGUCUAGAAGCCUUCAGAAAGCGUAAGAAUGCUGAUCGGCCUUUUGAUAGAUGUAUUGCUGCAUUAGUUUAAGAGAGUCAUCUAUAAUUUGCAACUAGUUGCACAAGGUGAGAUUUUAGGUAAGAAUUUCAGGUAGGACUGACAUGUCGACGUAUAAACGGGACAUGAGAAUAGGAACUCCCUGUAACACGGGUGGCUUUGAGUCAACUUCCAGUGAACGUAGGGCUAGGUUUAAGGUUAGGUUAAGGAUUAGGUUUAGGGUGGGGUUAGGAUCAAGUUUGGGGCAACGGUUUAGUUUUAUACUAGGGUUAUUGUUGGAGUCAGGACACGGAAAUCUCUUGCCCUUCCCGAAAUUACGCUUAGGUCCACCUUUUUUACUUGGGUGGGGCGUACCUAUUUCCAUGUCCUGUUUAGACGUCCACAUAAGUCAGUCCCGCCGAAUUUUGAAUAUGCAUGAGUGAGGUCUUAAAAAAAACCUGAAGAACGGUGGCGAGAUCCGCACUACCUAACUCCUUGUGAGAGCGGCGUUCACCCGUUGAGGCUUAUUGGAACGCGUUCUGACUUGCAGCUGCAAUCCAAUGCCCGCGUGGACGGUUGCCUAGCCAUGGAGUAACCAGUACUCGAUAAGUACCAGAAUGUCAAUUUCCGUUCUGUCGACAACCGACCUGCGAUCGGGCUAUGACUGACUAAUGAGGGCAAAUACCCCAAAAAUAUCCAUCCUUUUUCCCCUUUCCUUUGUUCAGUAUCAAUUCUGUAUAUAGAGAGAAGCAAGAUCGACGCCGUAGAAUCUAUACUCACUACAGCUCAACGCAUUCCUCACUAUAAAAAACCUGAGUCGCCUUUAAACUAUCACAGUGCGCUAAAAGCCGUAGCUUGGAAGGCUACUAACUGACAGGAUAACUCAGUACUCGUGAUGGAGAAUCAGACUGCAAUGGCUUCUUCUGUAUAUGACCCCUAUGGCGCCCCCUACUCAGUUGAGAUUCAGCUGCCCCCCCCCCCGACGUCUGCCCUGUUGCACUCUUACUGAGCUGCCUACGUAUUGUAUGUGGUAUAUGUCCUAUGGCAAAAAGUUCGUUUUCGCCAGUAGCAAGCUGGCGGGUGGACAAAAUGGGAUCAAGUGAGAUCCUAGUCGCAGCAGUGAGGGCCACACGCUCACUCAACAAGUUCUGUUUUUUGGAUGCAGAAAAUUGGUUUGCUAAGUGUGGACGACUUUUCCCACCAUCCGAUUUAUUCUCCGGGGCGUGAUAAGGGCUCACCAAAUGAGCACAGUCUAAUAACCGUUAAGCAUUUGUUGGCGCGACUACAUUGAAAAGGAAUAGCUGUCCUAGCUUUUUUGUUAACAAGAAUUACCAGUAGAUUUUGCUGAAAGUUGGCUUCUUGCGCAAGAUGACUUCCUAGUCAACGUUUUUUGCCGCAGCCUAUUUAGAGAAGGGCCUGAGCAUUUCCCAAAAGAAGUUCUCACAAACGAGAUGCGUGCACCAUGAACCUUUUUUCCUUGCUUACGUUUAGAAAUGCUGCAAUUGCCGAAUUUAGGAGUCAUUCCGGAUGGCUGGCGAUCAAAAACGACCGUAUGGUCCCUUGUGCCCGACAAAAGACGCGUUUAUUCCCAUGAAGGCGGGUUGGCUGACGAAACCACAGUCGUAGUUGUCUGAGCUUUUAGACUCACGUAAAGGCCUAUCAUCCAAGAGGCGCCGAGUAAAUCCGUCGAGGAAAAGUGGAGUUGCGUCAUUUGGCAGUGAGAUCACUUGUCUGUUUUGAUGAGCCUCUCCCCCCCCCGGGUCUGAAGCGUAGGACAUACAGAACUUUGGGUAAGAUCUUACUUCGUAGCCGUACCUGUUAGGGGUUGGAACUAGGGGUUAGGAGUUGGGGUUAGGGAUUAUGGAUCAGGGCUAGGAGUUAAAAGUUAGGCUUGGACUUGUCUACUUCAAGUACGGCUACGAAAUAUGAUCCGACCAAACUUUGGUCUAAUCCAUCCACCCGCCUUCAAGUUCUUUUAAUCUGUGACCUCACGCUUGUAUCUUAUGACCCCCCCCCCUUUCUGUCCUGCAUUCGUUACUUUUUCCCUUGCGUCCUGUCCCCCUCACUGCACACAGAUUCUUGCUCUGGGAUCUGGACAGUCGGGCCUAUAGCUACACCGUGGAAGUAUCACUGGACCGUCAGGUCUGGCGCAUGGUUUUCGACGCCAGCAUGAUGCACUGCCGCUCCUGGCAGACCAUCAAGUUCCCUCUGCAACCGGUCACCUUUAUUCGCGUUACUGGCACCGGAAACACCGCAAACAACGUGAGUUCCAACAACCCCCCCCCCUGCAGUCUCCCCGACGCCAUCUGUAUGGGCGGCCUCAAUCAUACAGGCGACGAACAGGCCUGACGGCCCCGUCCGAUGGCCCGUCUAUAAUUAUCGUUCCGAAAAGACUAGCCUCGACGACGUUGUUUUGGCGCGGCUGGUGGUCUUUUUCAGCCUUACUCUAAAAGUGCAGUCUGGCUUUUAGCAGACAGCUUUCUAUGUCAGCGUGCCAACUUUUAGACUGUUCCAUGUGCUAACACUCCCAAGGGAAAGAGAGUGGGACUCUGCUUAUUCCACCUGACGUUUCAGAAGCAUAACGGUUUCCAUGAUCGCAUUUAGUUUUGGCGUGAAGUCUCUGCAUCUGGGUUAUCCUUGACCGGAGUAGCACACCCUGGCCCCGCCGACGGGUUCUUGGGAUCGUCGUGUAACGAACAUUACUCGCACCCUGACGUUUUGGACGUGUGAAACGACCCUCAACAACGUCUUACGACUGUCAGUCGAAUAGUUAAGAAGUGCGUUUGUCCGUCAUAUUUAUGCGCAUAUUUACAGUCAGUGACCGAUCCCAUGAAAUAUUGGGUGAAAUUCUGGAAUGCGUUUUCGAUUUGGAAGGUUUACUUGGACGCUCUUGUAAUACUGAUUAUCUUGCAGCAUAAUCUUAUAACAUUUCGGACUCGGCAGGAUGUCAGCUUUCGAAUACACUGCUUUUCAAUCUCCUGUAGGAUCCGUGCUCGGUAAAAAAGUGGCUACUUAAGUAGCAUGCAUUUUUCCCAUUGAUUUUCGGUGGUCUUGCAAAUUCAAAUAUAUCUUAUAGAAACCAUAAACAAAAAUAUGCUUUCUUUCAGUCUUUUGAUAGAGAAUCACGUCUUCUUUAUAUUUUAUACUCAAGGAAGGAGUAUAAUUAGGUUUUUAAAAAGUUUUCUAAUUGCCGAAUAAAUUUGAGCCUGAUCAUUCGCUGCAUUAGCGCUUAUUGAUUUCAUUCUACAAGGUACACGCUUUCCGCGUAAAGAAAAUCACAUAUUUUUGUGUGCCAUUAAAAAGAUAUCAUACAGAGUCCAUAAAAGCUUGCAAUGGAAACGGACUAGGUUGUACAUUUCCUGAGGAGCUGUGGUAAACGGCAAGGUACGAUGCUAUGUGAGUGGACACUGCGAGGUCUUAAAAAAUCUCAUAAUUAGAAACUUUUCAAAAACUUAAUUAUAGUCCUUCCUUGAGUAUAAAAUAUACAGAAGACGUGAUUCUCUGUUGAUUGACUAAAAGAAAGCAUAUUUUUGUUUAUGGUUUCUAUAAAAUAUAUUGGAAUUUCCGAGACCACCGAAAAUCAAUGGGAAAAGUGCAUGCUCCUUAUGUAGUCAUUUUUACCGAGUGCUGUUUCUACAGGAGAUUGAAAAGCAGUGUAUUCGAAAGCUGACAUCCUGCCGAGUCCGAAAUGUUAUAAGAUUAUGCCGCAAGAUAAUCAGUAUUACAAGCGCGACGAAGUAAUCCUUCCAAAUCGAAAACGCAUUUCAGAAUUUCAGCCAACAUUUCAUGAGAUCGGUCACUCACUGUACACGUGUUAUUGGGGGACAGAUGAGGAAGGACUAAGCCAGGCAUCAACCGUUACCCUUAACUGUGCUGAACGCCACUGUUGGCCAUAAAACCGACCGCUCAGUGUACCCAACUUUCAAUUAGUCUACCUCAAAUAGACCAAAAUAGUGGACUAACUCGUUCUCUCACAUCUGGUAGACUCGCACUUGGGCAUUAAUUCAACUUCAAGUCGUCUCUGCGUGCUGGCAGCGAAGCAGUCACGGCGGCUAGGUUAUUAUUCCUUGAAGGUAAUGCCAAACACGUUCUGUUGGACUGAAGACUGGGAGAUCUGGCUGGCCAUUAGAGACGUCUGAUGCUGUGAGAACAUCUGAAAUUCCGACCUGUGUUAUGUUCAUAAGCCGGUGCAUUAUACUUGUGGAAGACUGAUCCCUCACAAUGUCAAUAGGAUUAUGUUAUUACCGACAAAGAUAAGGGAGACAAAGAGACAGUCUCCCUUGUCUUCAUCAGUAAUGACAUUCUGCCUAUAUCAUGCGCCGCUGUGCGGCUGCUGGUUGGGAUCCAGAGAGAGCCCGUAAGGCACUACGGAACGAGUGAGUUCCGUAAGAACGAUCGGUGAGCGUCCUGCCACCAUUGUAUAUUCCCGAUCGAAGCCGGCAGGGAAACGGGCUCGUGGUCUAGUGGUUAGAGGCGUGGACUUCUAACUAACAGAUCGCGAGUUCGAGCCCCAAGUUCUCUACACUUGACUGGCUGACGACGGCUAAUUAGCCAGAAAUGGCCAUUCUAGUCUUCCUUGUCUUUGUCGGUAAUGCCAUUCUGCCUAUAUCAUGCGCUGCUGUGCGGCUGCUGGUUGGGUUCGAGAGAGAGAGAGAGAGAGAGCCCUUAAGGCACAACGGAACGAGUGAGUUCCGUAAGAACGAUCGGUGAGCACCCCUUACCAUCCUCAAUAGUAUUGAAAGUAGAUGUAAUCGCAGUACCUCUGUAUAAGCGCAGCCAAACUGUUUUACUUCUGAGCUCGAGACAGCCGCUUAAAUCUGCAUGGAAACUGCGCUACCUUACACGGUUAAAUUAGUCAUUCCAUCGACCUUGGAGGCUUUCUCAUGGCUGCCUAAUGCGCAAGACGUUCUUAGCAGCCGGCCGAUGAUUUCCUCAUUCCUAUUUGGGUUCCUAGAAUUGAGAAGCCAUUACUUAUUUGGCUCAGUAUCAUGUGGGAUUAUUAUGAGACAGUCUGCAUGGAACCGACUCCACCUUACGCAGUUGAGUUACUCAUCCCUUGCCAGAGUCUUUCGCCUUCAAAUCAGAACUCGUGCCUCCAUCUGUCUCAGCCAAAAUCAUGGUUAAUCGGGCCAGGCACCUUUGCUCCAUCGAGGAGAACACCACAUCCGCUGUCGCGCAGCCCACCCGAAGCCAGUUUCCACUGAACUAGGCCGUUUUAGGUGUCCUUUUUGCCUUUAGGUGACAUUCAUUCCAUACCGUUCUUUCGGUUCGACUAGGUGCAAUCACUAGCGUCCGAAAUGACCCUUACCUCGGAAUGCCAGAAAGGCGGCCAGAUCGUACAGGGUCCGAACGGGUUGCAGGGGGCAGAUUCACUCGACUGACUGAUUGUCGCGUACAACCCUUCAAACUCCUGAAUGUUAUAGUCUAUGGGAAUCUGGAAAUACUACAGUAAAUUGGUCCUCAUGAGCCCUAUUCGACUGGAAACGUUCCGCCUGGUUACCUAUUUCACAUGCUUGUCAUGAGGUGUGCACAUAGUCUCCGCGCCUAAUGAGUUUUAUUUCAAAUUCCGAAGUUUGUUCUGAAGAUGUGAGUUGUCUACCUCUUAGCCCUUGUUAAACACUUAAUGUGGACACGUACUGACAUUCCUCUUCCUUUUCCCCCUCCUCAUCCUCCUUCCUCUCCCACAGGUGUUCCACUUGGUCCACCUUGAGUGUCCCGCCUCUACUCUCGAUCCUGAUGCGGUUGUUUCUGGCACCGCCGCUGUCGUGGACGCAGACGAGGUUUAUGAAUCCAACAUCCAAGCCAGCGAUCACAACGAUUCACAUGGCCAUCUCCAACUGGAACAGAUCAUCGCCCCCAUUGAUCCUAUAUUCCCCCCUAGCGGUCAGCCGCCGUCUGUCCAGGCUCCGCGCGAGCAUCGACAACUCGCUUUCCAUCGCCUCAGAGGGAACGGUCGCGCAGGCCAGACAACCGCCGCCGUCGUCGCAUCGCGCACACGGCCAUCACAGCAGACUACCGGUGAUCAUCUGCCGCCUGCGGAGCCUCCGCAAUUUGACCUGCGCAACUUUUCACUCACCAGUGAUCAUCACCACCGCGGCUCGACCUGUUGCUCCCCCGCUCUGAAGCCCUAUCAGGCCGCCCUCGAGCCGUGUAGGAUUGUACACGCGACGCCAUCUUCCUCCUCCUUGCAGGCCCUUUCUUCCCGUACCACCUCCCUCUCCUCUAUCCGACCCCAGUCGGGUGACGAGGAGGACAGUGUGCUGCUGGCUGCCGAGUCCUCGCAAUUCGAUCAUGCCUCGGCGUCGGCAGUAGCUGCUGCAGGGACUUCUGCGACCUCCUGCUCCUCCCCGCAACUCCCCUCCGCGGCAACACCCUCGGGUCGCUGUGGUAGCAAAAGCAGUGAAUCCAGCGAGAGCCUGGGCUCUGCCACCAGCCCCGCCGGUCAACGCGACUUCGCGGGAGGGUGA